AUGUACUGUGUAUCGACUAUUCACUCCGUCAAGCAUAGACAGAUCGCACGGACGGAUCUGGUAUACAAGUGUGCAGCUCUUACGAUUAUUGCCGGAGAUAGUGGUUCUGCAGACUGUGGACUGCCUGGUAUGAGCAGGUUUAAGAGGUUUAAGCAGGCCAAACUCGUUGCCAAUGGCUUCACCUUCUACGGUCAAGAGGCUGGACUUACCAAGAACGGGUUCUUUCUCAGAGAAGGGCUCAUCUUUUGGAAACAUCAGGCUUAUUACCAAUGUCCAAUUCAUCACUUCAGAGAAGAUUACGCAUGGACCCCCGAACUCGAAAUUAUACUUGAGAACGACUUGACGAAACCAGAUGGAUAUAUCCAACACUUGGAUAAACUGUCCUACCACUCAGACGCACUGAACGCGAUCCGAAGCGUUCUCGAUGCUGGAGCUGAGAAUGGCUUGCUCCAUCUUUGGGACAUCCCUCACAUCUCGACAGAGGAACAUAUCUUUGGUUGGGGCCUAUCUUGGAUUAUUAAUGGCUUGAGGCGAUUUCUGGGAAGCUAUGAGAAUACGCCUAGUGGUCAUUGCCGAAGGAGAAGACGGCACAUGGGUGAAGUAACUGUCGACAAAGCGUGGUUCAAGCGGAACAGGAAAAAAAAUGAAAUUGGUUACGAAGUUCAAGUUCAAGUCACCGGUACGGGUAGCGGUAUGUCGAUGAAUGAGCGCUCGCGCAAACACCGCGCACCUUUCAUCCCAAUUAACACCUUUUCCAUUGCACAACGACCAAACUUCAAACCGGUCACUCCCGCAACCCGCCACCACGCCACGGACGACGUCUUCUCAGAGGGCGACUCCUCUUUCAACGGUACGACACACGUGAGCUAUCUGGGCGAUUCCAGCUCCUUUUUCGAGGAAAGCGAGACUGCAAGCCCAGCACUCGUUGUUUCUACUAUCACAACCCGGGCGCCUCCUUCAAGAGGCCGCGAAAACAAUAAGCCUGCAAAAACACAAUACAACAACAUGGUUCGAGAGCGCGAAGCUCCAGCUUCGCAGCCACUGCGCAAAGAUGCCUCUGCGCUACCAGCGAAACCACUCCAAGAACUACGCCAACCAGCACCGCAAUUUGGCGAGACAAGUCCACUGAGGAAUCCUCUCAAGGAGGACCGAAAAGAUGAGUUUUCAAACUUGUUCAACAAUCCAAAGCCUGGAAAGCUACGACCAGAACACCAGCAGUCGGUUCGCUUACCGUCGCAAUACUCUGGCAGCUCCAAGCCGCCCACAGUCCCAGCUAACCCGCUGGACACACUCAACCGGCCAUUCCAGGUUCCAAAGACACAAGCAGGUCCCCGUCCUAGUACGGCAUCGUCUACUGGCUCUGACAUCGUCGAGAUUCCAGCCUCGCAUUUCCUGUCACGCCCAGCAGCACAAGUUGCCCCUGUUCCAGUGCCUAAACCAUACAAUGCCCCGCCACAGACUACCUAUGCUCCUCCACGACCGAUGUACUCCUCCAUGGACCACUCCAACGGCUUCCAACCGGUGAACAAGGGCACACAUAACCCACUUCAACAGAGCCGAAAGACGGUACUACUCGAUGAUGAAGACAACUUCGAUCCAGACGCAGCUCUUCGUGCAGAGGGCGACCGCUUCGGUGCGCCUGACCCGUAUGCCUAUGUCGACCAGGGUGAAGCCAGCGAGAAUAUCAAGGCUCUGCUCGAGGGUGCUUUUGACGAAGACAGCGAGAAGAUCCCGCGCACGCGCGGUCGCAAAAAAAAGAAGCAACAAGAGGCGAAAGCAGCUGGCAAUUCCCUGGCUGAUCGUCUAGCAGCACUUGAGGUUAAGGAUCAAGAGGACAAGUCAGAGACAAAGGCAGAAGAGGAGGAGGAUGACGAAGAAGAAGACGAUGGUACGGUUGACGGUCUCAAGGUCAAGCUUCUACCACAUCAAGUUGACGGUGUCGCGUGGAUGAUAGAAAAGGAAACCGGCAACCACAACAAGCGCGCUAAGCUCCCAAAGGGUGGCAUACUGGCGGAUGAUAUGGGCUUGGGAAAGACAGUGCAAGCGAUCGCUCUCAUCCUCUCGAAUCCGCGACCAGAGAAGGGCGUUGAGCCGGAGAACAAGAAGAACAAAAUCUUAGACUCGACUGGGAAAGGCACUUUAGUCGUGGCGCCUUUGGCACUCAUCAAACAGUGGGAGGCUGAAAUCAAUUCCAAGGUCGCCAAGUCGCACGAGCUAAAGGUCUUGGUCCACCACGGCCCAAACCGUACCAAAUCUGCCGACAAGCUGAAGCAAUACGAUAUAGUCAUCACUACCUAUCAGGUCCUUGCAUCAGAACACGCGAGCUGUGGCGAUGGACCAGAUGGUCUCAAAAAGGGUUGCUUCGCCGUACACUGGUAUCGUACCAUGCUGGACGAAGCGCACACGAUCAAGAACCGCAACGCAAAGAUGACCAAAGCAUGCUACGAGAUUCGCUCACAUUACCGCUGGUGUCUGACGGGCACGCCGAUGCAAAAUAAUCUCGAUGAGCUCCAGAGUUUAAUCAAGUUUCUGCGCAUACAACCAUACUGUGAGAUGUCGAGCUGGAAAGAUUCCAUCUCGGGCCCAAUGAAGAAUGGCCGCGGCAAUCUGGCCAUGAGGCGACUACAGAUCUUUCUGAAAGCCUUCAUGAAGCGUCGCACAAAGGACGUACUCAAGAAGGACGGCGCUCUCAACUUUGGCGGCAAGGCCAAGAACGGCGAGGAUAGUAAGGGUGGCUUUCAGAUUGUUGGGCGAAACGUCGAGACCAUCAUAGGAGAGUUCACGGCGAAAGAGCGCGCGUUCUACGACCGCUUAUCUGAUCGCGCACAGAGUCGUCUUGACGAGAUGAUGGGCGGUGAAAAACAGGAUUACAUUGGAGCUCUCGUCUUGUUGCUUCGCUUACGACAAGCUUGCAAUCAUCCAAACCUGACCAAAAGUAACGUCAAGGCUGACAAGGAUGCCAUGACCACAGGCACAAAACCAAAGACUCCAACCGGCCUUCAGAAUCCACGCAAGGGAGCCAACGACAACGAUCCCGAUGAUCUAGCGGAUCUGUUGGGUGCAAUGAGUGUAGCUACCAAGCGAUGUGACAUCUGCCAGAUUCCGCUGAAUAGCUCCAAUGCUUCAAGUGGUGCGGUACGAUGCGAGGAAUGCGAGGGAGAUCUCCAUGCUUCAGUGAAGAAAUCGAAGAAGGACAAGAAGAAACAACGAAAGCAUAAGCACAAGCGUGAGAAGUCUAGCACACAUGAUAAGGCAGACGAUGACGAUGACGAUGACGAUGGCGAUGGCGAUGAGGAAGUGAAACCAAAAACUGCCAAAUCCGCGCGUCAGCGACCUGUUAUUGCCGAUAGUGACGACGAAGAGGGAGCUGAGUGGCUAGUCUCUGAUGAUCAACAAGUCGAGGAUCUCGGCAAAGCUGGCGGGACAGAUGAUGAGAAUGCUGAGGGUGGUGGCGAUACACUUGCUUCUGUUGACUCGCAAGACUCUGCCAGCGAAGAUGAGAGCAAGAGCAAUCUAGACUCAUUCAUCGUCCAUGACACAGACAGCGAGGACGAGGACCCUGUUGUGCGUCACAAGCAGGCCAAAAAGCCUACCAAGGCCGUCAACUUAGAUUCGGAUGAUUCAGAGACUUCACAGACCGACGACUCUGAUAGCGAUUCAGACUCCGAAGCCGACUCAGAGGGUGAUGCCGAAACGGAUAGCUCACAGCCAGAGUACGACGCCUCUGAUCUCGUGCCUUCCACCAAGAUCCGGCAACUCCUUUCGAUUCUCGAGAAAGAGACUCCAGAGCACAAGGUCAUCGUCUUCUCUCAAUUCACGUCCAUGCUCGACCUCAUUGAGCCCUUCCUCAAGCGCGCAGACUACAACUUCACACGCUACGAUGGCAGUAUGCGCAAUGACUUGCGUGAAGCCAGUCUCGCCAAACUACGCAACGACAAGCGCACUCGUGUCCUGCUAUGUAGUCUUAAGUGCGGGAGUUUGGGGCUCAACCUCACAGCCGCAAGUCGCGUCGUAAUUAUGGAGCCGUUUUGGAACCCUUUUGUAGAAGAACAGGCGAUAGAUCGUGUCCACCGUCUCAAUCAGACGGUUGACGUAACCGUAUAUCGCCUCCUCAUCAACAACAGCGUCGAAGAGCGAAUCCAAGAACUUCAAGAAGCGAAGCGCAAGCUCGCCAACGCCGCUAUCGAGGGUGGCAAAGCAAUGGGCAAGCUCAGCAUGAAGGACAUCAUGGCGCUGUUCCGUCGCGAUGCAGAGUUUGAUCAUAGACAUGUGGAUGAUGCGAAUGAAGGCAAUUUGUUUGGCAAGACGAGGGUGCUGGAGGGCGGUGGCGGUGGAGAGGGGGAGAAGACGGAUCGGGUGAAAAGGAAGGCGGGGAGUUUGGGGUUUAGACGGGACGAGAACAGUGUUUAUGGGAGGCGUUGA